AUGGUAUCACAGUUGGUUACCUAUACGCUACAUCUCACUCCACUGGUUGUUGUCUGGAUUGCCCUGUUGUACAACUGGCUACCAUAUACGUCGAGUUUCACGGAAAAUCAUUAUCAGUUGAUUCUUUAUCUGCCCGUUUAUGUGAUUUUUUUGCUGGGAAUCUACGCGGUCUGUACGGUCCUCUACGGUGUUGCAACAUUCAACGAUUGCACCGGUGCACGUGUGGAGCUGACGAGGGAAAUUGAGGAAGCAAAAGCAGAUCUGCGGAGAAGAAAAGUGAUUGAGUGA